AUGGGCCUGGCCCAAAUGAUCGUUAUCGUCCUGCUGAGGAUGUCCUUCUUUAGCUUUACGCUUUUAGGCGGCUUAGAGUCGAGGUUGACGUUCUCCAUGCAAAGGGCACAACAGCCCAGACACCGAGCCAGUGAGUGCGAAGCGCAAGUCGCCGACAAUCUUGGGGAUGUUGCUCUGCCCUGUCGAUGGGGGGUAGUCUUUGGGCUAGCGCCGACUCCAGUCGUGAAGUCCAGAUUGAGCCUGCCAGACUUGAACCGGCUCGGCUUUGGACAGGAACCAGGAGCCAAAAAAGGAGAGGUAAUCGUCGAGUUAGACGAUCAUGUCCUUCAUCAACAUACCGAUGAAUCAGAAUACGUUGGUCAUAAUCCCCAUGGUGGUGAUAGGGCUCGAUGUAGGGGGGCUGCUAGGGUCUCAGCCGAUGUGCUGGACCACGUGGUUCACCUCGACCGAAAUCCAAAAUCCCAAAACGAACCAGCAUCCAUCAAGUCCCUCCUAAAAAACUUGAUCGAUUCAAGGACGCACCAAAUUUAUCAUCAAUCAAUCUCAAACCACUUCUUCACCAUCUCAUUCAUCUCUCUAUCACCCUCCCCGUUCUCUUCCCCUCAUUCCAGAAUGAAUGACCGUGAAUUCUUCCAGCCUGUUGAAUUGAAUCAAGAAGAAACCCUUGACGGAAGCCCAUCCUCCAACAAAAAUGGCUCUUCAACUUUGUCACAAGAUGAACAAUUCGUAUCGAAAACAGGAAAAGAAUUUGGUGGCAUGAUUCAUGUUGCACCUGGCAUCUGGCAAAGUGCAUAUCGCUUGAGUUGUCGGGGUGUGGAGCAUUGUCCUGGGUUUGAGGAAAACCUGUUCUCAGCUCUCGAAGUGGACCUACAAGCAAAUCUCAAGAAACUCUUUCACCCGGAAAUAAGUGCAUCACUUGCCGCUGUAGCCAAGUCAGUUGGGACCUUGUACAUAGGCAACGACUGGGUACAAACUGCACAGUUCAUUGGCACCUUUGAAAAUGUUGAUUUUGCAAUUUCCUGCAAUCAUCGCCGUGCACCCAAUGUUUGGAAUGUUGGAGAUUUGGUUAGAAUUGAUUUUGGAAGUGAGGCUAUCUUGAAUGAGGGACCAUCCUCACAUGCUUGUCCAGCAGUAGUGUUACGCAUCAAUCCAACCAUGGACAUCAUCUUAAUGGCCAUCACAAAAUGGAUAACACCUCGGCCUCCAGCACUCACUCCACACUUUGACCUCAAUCUCAUCACUAAUGAGCCAGUCUAUGCAAUUGGCUACAACGGAAGGCCAACCAAAAACGAUAUCCUGGUGUUUCAGAAAUUUCAGAUGACAAUUUUCAAUGAAUCCAUCACCCUCUCACAGGCUGAACACUGCUUUAAAUCAGAAUUUAGAAUGGUAUCUCUUGGAAAUGUCACUCAACUGGAUUGUUCAACAAAGAAGGCACUUGUUUCAGCUUCACUUUGGCAUGGUUCAUCGGGCUCACCUGUCUUUGUGAUGCGGGAUUCUUUGGUGAACAUUGGCUAUGUUGUCAGCAGCAAUGCCUCCAACAACAAUGUUAUCCACCUCUAUGCUUCAGCAAUCAAAGCUGACAUUGAUGCUGCAGUCUUUAGAUUGGCUCUUAUGAAAAUGUCCAAAGAUCACUCCUAA